AUGCUACACACCCAAUUCAGGCCCGUAGCAAUGAGAGCAUCCAAGGUCAAGGGCCAGCGAGGGCCUCAGAAGAAAUCACAGCCACUCGACCCCGUCGACCUGAGCAGGCGGCUGAACAUCGUCAUAGCGGAGCGACAACUCGAGGAUCUGCAGCUGAGCGGCAAGCUCCAAGGAUCAGAAACGAGCCUGCCCAACCCCCGGGGCAACCCACUUCCCCGGGACAGCAAGCGGUCGUCCCUCCUGGCCGGCCCCAAGACGUCAACAAGAUGGGUCUUCCGGACCAAGCCUGCUACCGGCCACUCGCCCCACGACUCGACCGACUCCAGCGCAACAUACGUCCACGUCCCGCGGGAACCCAACGCGGCCUCUGCGCGGAAACACCACGGCGCAAGGCAGGAUCACGGGGCGGCGCAACAGGCAGGGAAAUACUCCGUGGUGCUGAACAGCUCCAGCGAGCCGGCGAGGGGGCGGUCGGGCGAUCCCAAGGAGCUCUGCCCUCCGGAUUGGACGCAGGAUGAUUCUGCAGGGACCAAGCCGCGGAGGCUGCAACUCCUCAAACGGAUGAGCCCCAUCGCCGUGCUCAAGUUGAGACUCGGGGGUGAAGGGCCCGGGCCAGGGCCAGAACAGGUGUCCAAGGUCGACCGGACACGGUGCGACACCGCGAUGGAUGGGCGUCACGUAGUAGUGAACCGGAAAUCUGGAGUCUUCUCGAAACUACUAGCGCAUUAG